CUUUUCCACUCUUCGUGCACGUGCAGCUCCGCCUCCUAAUCUGUAGUUCCACUCCCAUUCCCAUGCGGUCUGGUACGGAGACGCAGCAGGCAUGCGGAUAAGAGUGGGCGUGUACCCUCACUGUAAUUUAGGAGCUAGCUCGGCUCUAGUGCAGUCUGCGUGCAUCUUGGUCGCUGGCUGCCUUCUACUCGUUGCUAGCUGCUGACGGUCUCUUGUGACAGAGCGGGAGACGCGGCAUAGAAAUGGAUGAGCUAGAAAUAAAGGCAAGGGAGGUGCUGGCCACUCUCGGGGAUUUCUUCAACGACCACCCACCUGAACUACAGUGGAGCAGGGACGCUCAGCUUCUCGCAUCUGUACAGCAACCCAAGGUCCUGGACAGCGUGGUGAUGACGGCUCUUGUAGAGAGGGCUCGCCAGCUGGUGGACCGGGAGGAAAACAUGCUACAUCUCUCGGGCCACGUUGUGGUAAACACAAACAACAACAACAACAACGGGUGAUGUUUGUGUUGACAGGUGGUGGGAGACAUCCACGGACAGUGCUGUGAUGUGCUGAGUGUUCUAGAGCACACCAGAGGAGAGGAUAUGGUGUGGCCAGCAGCUGAGGCUGACCCAGAGCUCUCACUGGUGCCCAAGGGUCACAGAAGCAGAGCCAACUGUGUCAGCGAGGGUUCCCCGGGUGAGGGUCGAAGAUGGAGCAAAUCCAGCUCAUGUGGAGCUCGCAGACACUCUGACGCCACCUCAACCAAUGGGGGAGAUAACGAGAGAGUCAACUGCCACCUACCGGCUCUCCCUGAUCCUUCCUCGUCCAGGGAGGGAGAGGAGGGAGACGUCGAGUUGAGAUUAACGACCGCCUGCCAGGCAAAGUACCUCUUCCUCGGCGACUACGUGGAUCGAGGCUGUUUCUCGUGUGAGGUAAUCGCGUUCCUUCUGGCGCUGAAGGUGGCCCACCCCAACCGGGUGUUUUUACUCCGGGGUAACCACGAGAGUCGGUGUAUGACGUCGCGGGAGUACAAGGAGGGGAACAGUUUCCGGUCGGAGUGCGAGGAGAAGUUUGGCCGGGAGGUGUACGAGGCCUGCAUGACGUGUUUUGAUUGUCUCCCGAUCUCGGCAGUGGUGGAGAACAGACUGGGCCGAUGGCUCUGUUGCCACGGGGGACUGGGACCAAAGCUGACCUCCCUGGAGGUGGUGGGAUCACUGGAGCGCCGGACGGAGCCUCCCCUCUCGGGGGCCAUCUGUGACCUCCUCUGGGCCGACCCCCUACUGGAGGAGGUCCUUGGCUACAGACUCUCUGACAAGGACUACGCCGAGUUUCUGGAGCUGGAUUUCCUCCCGAACCCUCCCAGAGGGUGCUCCUAUUUCUACGGCUACGCAGCCCUCAAACCGUUCCUCGAGUCUCAUAAACUGCUGGGCAUCAUCAGAGCACACCAGUGCAAGGAGGAGGGAGUGAGUUACUCGUAUACUGACAACAGAGAAGUUGUUUUCCCGUUUCCCUACGUAACAACCGUCUUCUCCGCCUCAAACUACUGUGGUUCCUAUGGAAACAAGGGAGCCGUCAUGAUCUUCUACCCCGACGACAUACAGGUUCUAAAGUUCAGCAGCAGUGGUGAGACGUGGGUGGAGAGGGCUCCUUACCAUCCACCUGAUGUCACAGUACCAGUCAAACCUGCUGAACCGGAAAAGAAGGAAGUUGCUCCGGUAAAGACUGAGGAGAAUAUGGGCGGAGCAGAAGAGGGCGGAGUCAAGCCGUACAUUCCACCGCCGCCCCCUCUGCCACCCAUCAUGGCUCCCGUCCCAGAGGAAGAGCCAGAGCAGGGAGGAGAGGAAGAGGAGAGGGAGGAAGAACGAGACAAGAAGGAGGCGAUACCAAGACGACCAAUGAGGUCUCAGACUAUAAACUACAGAUCACUGAGCGUCCAGGAAUCCAAUAGUUUCAGGAGGAAAAGUCUGGUGAACCUCAAGAGGGGCAGGACAGGGGAAGGGGGUAGCUACAGGUUCCAGGCGGCUCUCAGAAGAGACUCCGUUCACGAGCUGCAUCCUGGCUGGAACAGCAUCAGGAAACUGGGCCGGGCCGUCGGGAGGGUGCAAAUAUCUCGCAGAUCACUGGAAAAGGGCGUGGCAGCCAGGACACCCAGCCCGGACCCACCCACCGACCUCUCGGACUCCAUCUCCAAGAGCCUGCUGGACAAGAUUGGGGAGAGCGACAUGAACCAGAUCAAACUGGUGUUUGACUCCAUCGACAAGAACAGAGACGGUCAGCUGAGUCUGGCUGAGCUGGAGCAGUUUGCUGCUAACCUCGGCAGUAGCAGUGGCAUGGAGAGUGCAGGGUUCACGGAGCAGGUCAAGAGAAUCCUCCACCAGAUGGACGAAGACAAAGAUGGUUGUGUCAGCUUCGAAGAGUUCACACACUACAUGGCCGCCGUCUCCCUGCUCCAGGCCUCCACCCCUUCCCAGCCAGCCACACCCAACCCCGCCCCUUCCCAUGCCACGUUGGCAUAACAACCACUCCCCCUUCUCGUGUUAAUUUGGUCGUCUGUAUUAUAGAGAGCUGUAUUACUUGUGCCAUAAUAAUUAUUGUUCCUAGUAUUUUACCCAUAGUAUUUAUUGGUCCACUAGGUACUAUAUAGUUUUUUAGAGCAUCUUAAAAUUUUUUGCGGUCUGUCUAUAUUAUUUUUGUACUAUGUGACAGUGCAUUCUUCUUUGCUUUACUAAAACCUGUGUGACCAGUGGGCUCUAUAUGGAAAAGACAAUCAACCACAACAAUAGAAACAGCAGUUGUAACGCACUACAAUGUGAGCAAUGCACACCGUCUAUAAGAGUAGCCAGUGUUAGUAUAGACUCGCAGUCUACUAGGACGGGAGCUGUGAGUACAGCUGGACAAAUGUAGCCAUGUACUUUGACUUGAGGAAAGGUCUCCUCAAUUUGAAGGUUGGGGUGAGACCGUUGUUGUCCACGGAGAAUGGCUCCGACUCCAGGAAUAUGGCCUUGGCCUGUUCAAAGGAAUGCAGUCCACCCUCUUUCCCAGUCUGUGUCAUGUCCUUGUGUAUCAGCUUCUUCAACUCCUGUGUCUGACAAAGAUCCUCAAAAGUCUCAGUCUUCCGGUUGUCUUUGGCCCACUUCAAGACAACCUCUUCAUCGGGCACCACGAUGGCAACCAGAGCCGCCUUCAGACUGUCUCCAUAGACGUACGUCUGUGCCACAUACUUGCUGGUGAUGUACAUGUUCUCAAUCUUCUCUGGAGCGAUGUACUCCCCCUAUGCCAACUUGAAGAUGUGUUUCUUCCUGUCCACAAUCCUGAGAGUCCCGUUUGGCUCCCAGCGACCGAUGUCUCCCGAGUGGAGCCAUCCAUCCGAGUCCAGGGCCUCCUUGGUCUUCUCCUCAUCCUGCGUCGACACCAUCACCAUCAGCACACUGUCA